AUGCAGGGCCCUUCGAAUAAGUCCAUAGUUGGCGAUUUAUUGGAUUAUCUCAACGAGUCGUGGACUCAGUUUCAUGCUACUGCUGAAGCCAAACGACAGCUACUCGCCGCUGGAUUUCAUCUGUUGAAUGAGAAUGACGAAUGGGAUUUGAAGCCUGGUGGACGCUACUUUUUCACGCGAAAUAUGUCCUCUUUAGUUGCCUUUGCAAUUGGGGAGAAGUAUUCCAUUUCAAAUGGUUUUCACAUUAUCGCCGCGCAUACUGAUAGCCCAUGUCUGAAGUUGAAGCCAAUAUCUGCAUCAUCCAAAUGUGGUUGUCUGAUGGUAAAUGUCCAGACCUAUGGUGGUGGUCUGUGGCAUACUUGGUUUGACCGUGACUUAAGUGUUGCUGGUAGGGUAAUCGUUAGAGCGGAUGAUGACUGCUUUCAGCACAAGCUUGUUAAGAUAAAAAGACCUAUACUACGAGUUCCUACACUAGCCAUUCAUCUUGACCGCACAGUGAACAAGGAUGGAUUCAAGCCUAACCUGGAGACUCAUCUCAUCCCGCUGUUUGCUAAAAAGAUGGAGAACACGUUGGUUGAGACCAAAGAGAAGAACAAUGUAUCCUCAAAAGAUGUUCACCAUCCACUGCUAUUGCAGAUCUUGUCAAAUGAGCUGAGCUGUAAAGUUGACGACAUAUUAAACAUAGAGUUGAAUGUUUGCGAUACUCAACCUAGCUGUCUUGGAGGUGCAAAUAAUGAAUUCAUAUUCUCUGGAAGAUUGGAUAAUCUUGCUUCAAGCUUUUGUGCUCUACGAGCUCUUGUUGAUUCUUGUGCUUCAGCUGGAGAUUUGUCCAAUGAGGGUGCUAUACGGAUGGUUGCUCUAUUUGACAAUGAAGAGGUGGGUUCAGAUUCUUAUCAAGGAGCUGGCGCACCAACUAUAUUUGAGGGCAUGAGACGAAUAAUUGAUUGCUUAGAUUCUCAAUGUGUCAGAGAAAAUAGGUUUGCUCGCGCAGUUCGCCAUUCCUUUUUGGUAUCUGCAGACAUGGCUCAUGGAGUUCAUCCAAAUUUUAUGGAGAAGCAUGAAGAACACCAUCGCCCAGAAUUGCAGAAAGGUCUAGUCAUCAAGCAUAAUGCCAACCAGCGAUAUGCUACAAGCGGGGUUACGGCAUUUCUUUUCAAAGAAGUUGCCAGAAUGAACAAUCUUCCAACUCAGGAAUUUGUGGUGAGGAAUGAUAUGGGAUGUGGAUCCACUAUUGGUCCAAUACUAGCUUCAGGAGUUGGGAUUCGCACUGUUGAUUGUGGCAUAGCUCAGUUGUCCAUGCACAGGUAUUGAUUUUUAUUUAUUUAUUUUUUACUUGAGAAGUCACAGAUGUUUAUAGUGUAAUUCUAUUCAUGGUAGAUGGACGGACAAUUAUGUUACAUGAUUCAUUGCGCAGGGUAACUGAACCAUUUGGUACAGAAUGCUUUACAUAUUGCUGAAUGACUUUGAUCUUGUGGAAUGGAUAUGAAUCACUGUAGUUUUCUGUAUACACGAAUUUUCAAGUUUGUCACUCUAAGCAUGCUUUUCUUAUGAGUUGCGUCAAUUUCGUCUUCAAACUGAUUUGGCUUCUUUUAGAAGUUUUACUUUUUUGUUGUUCCUUCUCAUUAAUGCAGUAUCAGAGAGAUUUGUGCGAAGGAAGAUGUGGACUUUGCGUACAAGCACUUUAAGGCAUUUUACCAAACAUUUUCGAUCGUAGACAAGAAGCUCACCGUCGAUUAGUAGCUUAUCAACUGGUUUUUACUCUGUCCUUUAUAUGCUACAGUGCCAAAAUAGAGGGACAAAAAGUUCAAGAAAAGUAAUUAUUAACUGAAGGAAGAAGGGCACAUGGCCUACAUAAACUCAAAGUUCAAUCAUGACUGACAAAUCUGACUCAAAAUUUGCAAGAGAAGCUAAUACAAAUCCUGAGCAGACAUGA